AUGAAAGCGAUGAAGUUCGGCAUGCAGUUGGAGGUGCUUCUUCUGGGGGCAUUUGUCUUCCACGUCGAUGCAGUCCAAUCGAAGGAAUCAUUUACUGAGGAUCUUACUCAUUGGAAGGAACAGCCUGUUGCUUUUCUCGCGCGUGGAUACCCCAAUAAUAGUACAGAAAUGUUUUUUUCUGGAAAUGUCGUCAUCGACGAACACAAUACCAGUGGUUUCGGCAAGGGACAUGCUCCAUGGGUCGCCAUGUAUACGUCCUUUUAUCCGUCGCACCAAGUUCUGCCGAGCGGAAAGCAAGUUCGCGAUCAACAGCAAGCGCAGUCCAUUGCCUAUAGUCUGGAUCAUGGGGCAACAUGGACUACCUACGAUGAUGGCAACCCUAUCAUCUUGGAUCCUCCUAGUCCAUACCAAGACCAGUACCUUGAUUUCCGUGAUCCCAAUAUCUUUUGGUAUGAGCCUAUUGAAAAGUGGGUGGCUAUAUCAGUCUCGCAAAACUUCAUAAGUUCCUCAUAUAUACAUCCCCAAAGUCUCAAGCAAUGGAACUUGGAGAGUGAAUUUGGACCUUUUAAUGCCGUUGGAGGUAAUUGGGAGUGUCCAAACCUUUUUACGUUGCAUGUCGAUGGGGAUGACUCAAAGGUCGAAUGGGUUGCUAUCGUUGGUGUCAAUCCUGGAGGCCCUCCGGGGACUUAUUCAUGGCGGUGGCCUUCCGAUGGUAGUAUUGUCUUUGAAGAUUUCGAGGGAAACCGUUCCUUUGCCGAUCGCGGAUGGGUGGCUACUGGCGACUUGAUAGGAACCUCCCCCGUGGCCGGUACAUUGCCAGGUCAGAACCCGGUGACAGGCUUCCUCGGAAAUCAGCUGGUGAACACCUUCUUAAAUGUUGAUUCAACUACGGGAAUUCUGACAUCCCCUUCCUUCGAUAUCUCGUACAACUACAUAAACUUGCUCGUCGGAGGAGGGGAUAAUAUUAACCAAACCGCGAUUCGCCUCAAGAUCGAUGGUAAUAUUGUGCACGCUACAACUGGAUCCAAUAGUGAACACUUACCUGGCAAAACUGGGAUUGCCGUGAUUGAGAUCAUUGACCUCGCGACCGGGGAUUGGGGCCAUAUCAACGUUGGCGAAAUCUCUUUUGCCAACUCCCGCGCCACGAAUGACAACGCAAACUGGCUGGACUGGGGUCCAGACUUCUACGCUGCCCAAAGCUACAAUGGCAUCCCUCAGUAUCAACGGACGAUUAUCUCCUGGAUGAAUAACUGGCAGUACGGCGCGGCCAUACCAACGAGCCCUUGGCGCAGUGCAAUGGCCAUUCCUCCCUCUGAGGAUUUCAGUCAACAUGACUCCACUACUCAGCAGGUGUUCAUCGAUCGAACGAAAUCCGGAGAUGUCUCAUUCGACAGCACACUCGCAAGUGUCUACUAUGCUCCUCUUUCCCCAGCCUUGAAUAACACUGUAACCUUACAUAUCUUUGUGGAUUGGUCAAGCGUGGAGGUUUUUGGAGGACAAGGACAAACCACAAUAACGACCCAAAUCUUUCCUCCGAAAAUGCCACGUAUGCGCAGCUUCUCUACAGGGGAGACCACCGACAAUGUCCAGCUUCGCAAAAGCAAAGUGCGUCCUACAUGGACAUCGGAGUUGAAAUGUAUGAUAGAAAUUGUGUUAUGCAGCCCUUAUGCUCCUAAAUUGGACUUGGGAUUCUCUCAAUCCAGUUUUUUCCCAGAGGACUAA